AGUUCCGCUGGGCCGUGCCGAGCCGUGCCGGGCCAGGACGGGCGGGCGUGGGGUCCUGAGUUGACAGUGCCGGGGACAGGCGCUCGGGGCAGCCCGCGCCUUGCUAAGGUCCCCGCCCCGUCCCGGCUGGGCUGGCUUGUCUGUCAGUCACUGGGGCGGAGGCAGCGGCGGUAGCCGGGCAGGAGCCGGGCGGAGAGCACAGCGCGGGCCGGGCCGAGCGGAGGAGACCUGCCACAGCCCCUCAACUCCACGGACUCUUCGCCCCUGACUCGCGAAGCUGCACCUCUGCGCUUCAUUAGACGCCUCCAUAACCUGCGAAGGGCUCUCUCUACCGUGACCCCCCAGCCCCUUGACCUCCUCAUAGCACCAGAGAGCUCCCCGAGACGGUGUUGUGGGUACAGGCCAUCGACCCUGUGACCCCUCACGGGCCAGGGGCUCGGUUUACCCCACAGGCCUCCCUCUCCUAUGACUCCCUCCUCACAGAUUCUGGGGACAGAGCCGUGACCUACCACUAGGACCUCCGCCUGCGAGCUCCUCACUGACGGCUCCCUCCUUGGAGUCCCCCUCAGUGGCUCUCCUAAGAGCACCCCUUUUGGUCUCUGGCAAGCCCCCCACCCCCAAACGAGGUGGGGAGGCCUCGGCAGCCAUGCCCGCCCUGGGCCCCCCCUUACCCCACCACUCCCUGGGCACCCAAGCCAGGGUCUAGCAGGGGGCCAGCAGCCAAGGGGCUGGGGCAGGAUAUAGAUCAGGGUCCACCUCCCUGCUAGGGAGGGAGCAAAGAUGGAGCGGCGGGAGGAGCAGCCGGGGGCUGCAGGGGCUGGAGCAGCACCAGCCUUGGACUUCACUGUGGAGAACGUGGAGAAGGCGCUGCACCAGCUCUACUACGACCCUAACAUUGAGAACAAGAACCUGGCUCAGAAGUGGCUGAUGCAGGCCCAGGUCUCCCCACAGGCCUGGCACUUCAGCUGGCAGCUACUGCAGCCUGACAAGGUGCCUGAGAUCCAGUACUUUGGGGCCAGUGCUCUGCAUAUCAAGAUCUCUCGCUACUGGAGUGACAUUCCCACUGACCAGUAUGAAAGCCUAAAGGCACAGCUCUUCACUCAGAUCACCCGUUUUGCCAGUGGCUCCAAGAUUGUGCUGACUCGGCUGUGCGUGGCACUGGCCUCACUGGCUCUCAGCAUGAUGCCUGAUGCUUGGCCAUGUGCUGUGGCAGAUAUGGUACGACUCUUCCAGGCUGAGGACUCACCAGUGGAUGGCCAGGGCCGCUGCCUGGCCCUGCUAGAACUGUUGACAGUGCUGCCUGAGGAGUUCCAGACCAGCCGCCUUCCCCAAUACCGCAAAGGCCUGGUACGGGCCAGCCUGGCAGUGGAGUGUGGGGCUGUCUUCCCAUUGCUGGAGCAGCUGCUACAGCAACCCAGCUCACCCAGCUGUGUGCGUCAGAAGGUGCUCAAAUGUUUCUCCAGCUGGGUGCAGCUGGAGGUGCCACUGCAGGACUGUGAGGCACUCAUUCAGGCUGCCUUCGCUGCCCUGCAGGACUCAGAGCUCUUCGACAGCAGUGUGGAGGCCAUUGUCAACGCCAUCUCACAGCCUGAUUCCCAGAGGUAUGUGAACACACUCCUGAAACUCAUCCCACUGGUGCUGGGACUGCAGGAACAAUUGCGACAGGCAGUGCAGAAUGGGGACAUGGAGACCUCCCAUGGCAUCUGUCGCAUUGCUGUUGCUCUGGGCGAGAACCACUCCCGGGCCUUGCUGGACCAAGUAGAGCACUGGCAGAGCUUUCUGGCACUUGUCAACAUGAUUAUGUUCUGCACGGGCAUCCCUGGCCACUAUCCUGUCAAUGAGACUACCAGUUCCCUAACCCUCACCUUCUGGUACACACUGCAGGAUGACAUUCUGUCCUUUGAGGCAGAGAAGCAGGCUGUGUACCAGCAAGUGUACCGGCCAGUCUACUUCCAGCUGGUGGAUGUGCUUCUGCACAAGGCCCAGUUCCCUUCUGAUGAGGAAUAUGGAUUCUGGUCCUCAGAUGAGAAGGAGCAGUUCCGAAUUUACAGGGUGGACAUCUCAGACACGCUCAUGUAUGUCUACGAGAUGCUGGGGGCCGAGCUGCUCAGCAACCUCUAUGACAAACUGGGCCGUUUGCUCACCAGCUCAGAGGAGCCCUACUCCUGGCAGCAUACAGAGGCCCUGCUCUACGGCUUCCAAUCCAUCGCAGAGACCAUUGACGUCAACUAUUCUGAUGUGGUACCUGGGCUCAUUGGACUCAUCCCACGAAUCAGCAUCAGCAACGUGCAACUGGCAGAUACUGUCAUGUUCACCAUUGGAGCUCUGUCUGAAUGGCUAGCUGACCACCCUGUUAUGAUCAACAGCGUUCUGCCCCUUGUACUGCAUGCCCUAGGCAAUCCUGAGCUCUCUGUCUCUUCUGUUUCCACCCUCAAGAAGAUCUGCCGUGAGUGCAAGUAUGACCUGCCGCCCUAUGCUGCCAAUAUUGUGGCUGUCUCCCAGGAUGUGCUGAUGAAACAAAUCCACAAGACGAGCCAGUGCAUGUGGUUGAUGCAGGCACUGGGCUUCCUGCUGUCAGCUCUGCAGGUGGAGGAGAUCCUUAAGAACCUGCACUCACUCAUCUCGCCCUAUAUCCAACAGCUGGAGAAGCUGGCAGAAGAGAUACCCAAUCCCUCCAACAAGCUGGCCAUUGUGCACAUCUUGGGGCUUCUCUCCAACCUCUUCACCACACUGGAUGUCAGUCAUCAUGAGGAUGAUCAUGAAGGCCCUGAGCUUCGGAAGCUGCCAGUGCCACAGGGACCCAACCCCGUGGUGGUGGUACUGCAGCAGGUCUUCCAGCUUAUCCAGAAGGUGCUGAGCAAAUGGUUGAAUGAUGCCCAGGUGGUAGAGGCGGUAUGCGCUAUCUUUGAGAAGUCUGUUAAGACGCUGCUGGAUGACUUUGCCCCCAUGGUGCCACAGCUGUGUGAGAUGCUGGGUCGGAUGUACAGCACUAUCCCCCAGGCCUCUGCUCUUGACCUCACGCGGCAGCUGGUUCACAUCUUUGCUCACGAGCCUGCCCACUUUCCUCCAAUUGAGGCCCUCUUCCUGCUCGUCACCUCCGUCACACUCACUCUCUUCCAGCAAGGGCCCAGGGAUCAUCCUGAUAUUGUUGAUUCAUUUAUGCAACUCCUGGCACAGGCUCUGAAGCGGAAGCCAGAUUUGUUCCUGUGUGAACGGUUGGAUGUCAAAGCUGUAUUCCAGUGCGCUGUGCUGGCCCUCAAGUUCCCCGAGGCACCUACUGUCAAGGCCUCCUGUGGCUUCUUUACAGAGCUGCUGCCUCGGUGUGGGGAAGUAGAAUCUGUAGGAAAGGUGGUCCAGGAGGAUGGUCGUAUGCUGCUCAUAGCAGUGCUGGAGGCCAUCGGGGGCCAGGCCUCCCGCAGCCUCAUGGACUGCUUUGCUGACAUCCUGUUCGCACUGAACAAACACUGCUUCAGUCUCCUGAGCAUGUGGAUCAAGGAGGCACUGCAGCCACCUGGUUUUCCCUCUGCCCGCCUCAGCCCUGAACAGAAGGACACCUUCAGCCAACAGAUCCUUCGUGAGCGAGUGAACAAAAGGCGGGUGAAGGAGAUGGUGAAGGAGUUCACACUGCUGUGCCGGGGGCUACAUGGCACAGAUUACACAGCCGACUACUGAGGGGCGCCCCCGUCCCACCUACCCCUUCUCAUCCCUCCCUGUCCCCAAAGAGUAAACCUGGACCCUCAUUGCUGCCUCUGCUUCCCUUCUGUUGCCACCACCGCCUAACUGAAAGCCUGGGUCCAGAGGCCUGGGGGAAAGAUGGGAGGAUGCUUGGGCCCAGGCCUUGGGAGAGAAUGGUGGGAACACCCUCUAGCUCCUAGGGUAGAAGAGGUACUGCUGUAGCCAAGCCACCUAGGCUGGAGCCAUUCAGAAUACUACCAUUUACUUUGUGGUGGGGUGGGGCCUGCAUUAGUGUCAUCAACCCUCCAUCCCCAUUAAAUUAGUCCCAACAUGCA